CUAGCUACCCGACAAGGUCACGUUGUCAUUACGUUUCGGCUUUCGAUUCUCUGUUCGUCGUUCGGGAAAAUGGCUGAUGCUGACAUCGAGGCUCUUCUGGAAGCACCGUACAAGAAAGAGGCUGUGCCUAGUAAGGAUAAGAGUGAUGAUGAAGACAGUGAUCACAAGAGCAAGAAGAAGCACAAGAAGAAGCAUAGUCGUGGUUCACGAAGCAGAAGCCGUAGUAAAUCUCCCAGACGACGUAGUCGUUCCCCACGAAGACGCAGCAGGUCACCGAGGAGGCGAAGAAGCCAUAGCCGCUCACCAAGACGAAGAAGGAGCCCGUAUCGUGGUGGGAGUUAUGGUCGUCGUGACAGCAGAGGUAGCCAUUACAGAGGACGAGGUGACAGAGACCAGGGUGGUCAUAGUAGACAUAGCGACGGUGGUGGUCCUAGAAGGAGAGAAGAGUCACCUCCUGCUCCUGUUGCGAAGUCGGAGAGCGAAGAAGAACCGUCAUCUCCUGGUCCUGAUUUGACGCAAGAAGAGAGAGAUGCACGAACUGUACUGUGCAUGCAGCUAUCGGCUCGUGUCACGAAAAAGGCACUGAAACAACUGUUUUGUCAAGUUGGCAAGGUUACAGACGUGAAAAUGAUCUCGGACAAGAAUUCACGUCGUCCAAAAGGCAUUGCGUAUGUAGAGUUUAGAGAACUAGAGUCAGUGCACAAGGUUUGUGGUAUACAUUAUAGGUAUAGCGUUAGGGUAAUGGAAAUUUGUUUUGUCAUGAAGGCUCUGAAUUUGAAUGGACAGCGAGUUGAAGGAAUUCCCAUGGUUAUUCAACCCAGCAUGGCGGAAAAGAAUAGGAUGGCCGAGGCAGCUGCCCGGUUUGCACAGCCGAGUGCUUUCAAACGCGUCUACGUUGGAUCGUUGCACUUCAAUAUCAAUGAAGCAAUGCUCAAGGCAAUCUUUGAACCUUUCGGAACAAUUGAUAGCGUUACGUUAAUUCGGGACUCGGAAACACAAAGGUCAAAAGGCUAUGGAUUCAUUGAGUAUUGCAGUCCCGAAUCAGCGAAAAGAGCAAUGGAACAGAUGAACGGAUUUGAACUGGCCGGCCGGCCAAUCAAAGUAGGCCAGGUCACUGAGAAGGGAGAGACGGGUGCAUACGGUCUACUGGAUGAUGACGAUGCAGACCGAGGAGGCAUUGAGAUGUCUUCAACAUCAAGAGCAGCAUUGAUGGCCAAGCUGUCUGGAAGUCAUGGGGCAGGUCUUUCCGUUCCUCCAUCUGCGGCACCUCCUGCUGCGGCCGCUGCCGCUCUUGCCGUUCCUCCUUCUCAGCUGGCAUCGCCGUGCUUUAUGCUCACCAAUAUGUUUGAUCCAGCGAACGAGAGCGAUCCUCAAUGGGAAAACGAUAUCAGAGAUGACGUCCUUGAGGAGUGUUCGAAAUAUGGCGUCGUCAUUCAUAUCUUUGUUGAUAAAACGUCGAAGGGAAAUGUGUAUGUAAAGGCGAAGACUUCAGAGACGGCUCAGGCUGCUUGCAAAGCGUUGCACGGUCGUUUCUUUGCAGGUAAAAUGGUUACUGCCCAUUUUAUGCCCGAAAUCAACUACCAUACCAUGUUUCCUCAAGCAAUGGCCGCCUCUGCUCCUCUAAAGCCUUCUGCAUGAGCUAGACGUAUUUGAAAGAAUAGAAACGUUGUACCUUUAGCUUGUCCACGUGCUGUACAAACUCAUUUGUAAGUCUCUGUGUACGGGUGGUAUGUUGGAAUAUCACUAAUAGAGCGUGUUAGUUUUGUCA